GUUGGAGAACACCGGCGGCCGCGUGCGGCAAAAGGAGCUUGGCUCGGAGCUCUCUGAUGAGAUUCAGGACUCCUUUGGUGUCCGACCCGGCAAAUUCCGAGCGCUCUUCAACCAAACUCUGCAGCAGUAUUGCAACGCUUUCAUCAGCGGCGGUUCGGAGGCAGCUUGGCCUUCGAAGGUGGCGGAUGAGCAUUUUAGCAGCCGGUCCUUGGCGCAGGGCGACAGGGACAUGAGGGCACAACGCGCGGCACGGUUCCAAACACACCUGCAUGAAAAGGCUCCUGUCUCAAUGGUCAGCUUCAAUGAUGCAGAGGCCCUGAAGUCCUUUGGCGUGGUGGAGGCAUCGAUGGCGGGCCGAUCAUUGGAGAGCUCACUGGAAUGUGCUCGCGAGAUGAAGCCACCGACUGAGACGGGAGACAAACCGGCCCGAGAGCGCGAGAUGACACGGCAACUUGACAAGUUCGAGUGGAAGAAGGGGACCGACCCGAAGAAUCCCGAAGUAGACUUGAAGUUGGCCACGAAAAAAUAUCAGCGAAGUUCUGCUGAUAAGGCCUACCGCAGCCAGGAUGUGAGAUCCCUGGAUGCUUGCUGGAAGACCAUGGAGUACCUGAUGACGGAGAUCUUGGACUUCGACAGCAAUCCGAAGCCCGGCUUUGCUGUCCAAGCCAUCCCAUACAUCGAGGCAGCCGAUGAGCUGCGUUCUUGCGUCCGAGAGAAGAACUGGAGAGCACCGGUCGGCUCCGGCCAGUUUUUUUUGGAGAUUGCGAACCGCAACCUCACCCAGGUCGACCUGCACCUCCAGCAGCCUCGAUCCACCACCCAACGGGUCUUCGUGGAGACACACGAGUGCUGCCUCCGCUUCGAGAUGCUCUCCUUGUAUCUUCUUCUUGGGAGGGGGCAGAAUCAGGAGAAGGCCACUGAGAAGUACGACACCAAGCUAGGUCUCAAGGCCAUCUCACAGACCAUCGAGCCGCUCCUGAAUGCUUACCAGGCACUUCACGAGAAGCAGGUGGCAAAAUCUAUCCUCGCCGAGGCCAUGGGCGGAUUCGGCCUGGCCGAUGAAGACGAUGAUGAGGACUACUAUUCUCCGUAUGAGAUGGCUGCCAGGAGGUACAUUGUUCUCCUCCUGAUGUCGUUCGCACCUGACGAGCUUUCGAGUCAUCUCUCCAAGAUGAGCCGUGAGUUGCUGAUGCAUCCGUUGGUGAGCUUCGCCACGCAGGUGUAUGCCGCCUUCCACACGGAGGACUAUGCCAGAUUUCUCCGUUUUUACCGCGAAACCGAUUUCCUCUCUGCCGUUGCAAUGAGUGGUGUCGCAGACCUGGCCAGACUAAGAGCUUUGUGGCUGCUGGUCCGAACCUAUCCACAACAGGUGGGAGAUCGGAUCUCCUUGGCAAAGCUCAAGAACAUACUUGCGUUCGUGAGUGACGACCACGCCAAAACCUUCUUGGCCUUCCAUGGCCUACAGAUCGUCAUCGACAAGGAGUCGGAUGGCGGAGCCCACGUCGUCUUGCCCAAGACGAAAGGCAGCCCCGAGGCCAACGCGCUGCCCUUGUUGCAGGGCCCUGCGCGGCUGCCAGAGAAGUGCGAGUUCCCGAAGGUCGGGCUCAAGGAUUUUUCUGUCGAAGGUUGCGAUAAGGCUGCCAUAAUGGCUACCACAUGGGUUCCUGUGUGCAGGAGUGACUUCAUAAGACCAAGAGCAGAGACUACAAGCGUUUGCAGCUUUUGGACUGUGGCUUGGACGAUAAUACCCUAA